AGAGAAAGGAGGGGGGGAGAGGGAAGAAGAAAAAAAAGAAGAAACUCCGGCUCUUUGUGCUGGGGGGAGUCUCAGCAGGAAAAGAGAGAUUUUGCAGUUUAGUUCAGCUUCUGUUCUUCACACACACACACACACACACACACACACACACCUACGCACACACAUACUACUGGACUGGACUGUAUUUGCAUGGCUGUGACCAUUGCAGGCUGCAUAUGUGUGUAUUUGCAGCGGUGUGUGCGUGUGUGUGUGUGUUUUCUUCGCGCAGACGGCAGUGCGGACGACCGAGGACGUCACACACUCUGCCCAUGAAUAUUGAUGUGGACGACGGUGUGUUUCAGACAGAAGGAAACAAGAUGGCUGCGCUUUAGGAGUUGUUUAAUAGUGAGACGCCGUUCUGCUGGGACUCUACAGAGUGGAGGGAGUCAGAACAAGGACAAAGAGAGCGCAGCCUUGUGAAUGGACUCAGAGCAGGCCAGAUGGAAACAGAAAAGGCCAGGCAUGAGGCGGAAGAAAGUCUGACACUCAAACAGCUCAGUGCCACUCACCAGGUGGAUCCUGUUCAUGUCAAGCUGCAGAAUGGAAGCCAGUCACCUGAAAUGUCCCCUCAGCAACUCAACGGGGAUACCAAUUGGAGCCACUGCAAGCCCAGUGCAGGAGUCAACCCAAUGAAACGACACCGGGACAAUUGUUCAAGCCCUGGCAUUACGCAGGGCAUAUUUGAUCAGGGCCCAUACGGGAUGAACGGCGAGAUGAAACAUGCUCUUAGCCAACAGUCAUUACUCGGCCUUCACCAGUCCAAAAAACUCUGCACUAAUUCUGAGGUAAACCGGGAUAAGGAGCUGAGUGUGUGGGGCAUGAAAGAAACAGACACAGAAGGCCAUUUGGACAGGAUCCCUGAGCUGAACAAGCCGGAACUGGAUAAGAGAAACUGUAAUUAUCCUAAUGGAGACAUCUUCUCACUGUCAGGGAACAAGCAGGUGCUAACAUCUAAUGGUGCUACAGUCACUCCUCCUUCAGUGGAGGGUCCAGCUGGUGAUCUCUUGGAGAAAACUUUGUCACAGUAUUACCCAGAGCAUGUGUCCAUAGCACCACAGACCAGCUCAAUUCAAGCAGACAGGGUCACCAGCAAUCUGCGUGAGCAGGUCAUCCCCUCACCUUCACUUACCUCAGGUUUUCCCAAUUCAGCCUCUGAGCCGCUUGUGAAGACACCCCAAGAGGUGCCCAGCAGCAAUGGAUAUGAAACGGCGCUCAUGCUAAAUGGGUACUCGAGUAGCUUUGGAGCAGAGCAGCACCAGAAGCCACCGCCUUACCCCCUUGCAGAUGUACCAGCCCUGGAAGUGCACUCGCAGAGUAAGAUGGGCAAGGGGCCUGGUAUGGCCCCUCAAACAAGCAUCACUGACUGUUCACAGACACAAAAUAGCACAGAGUGCUUUACCAGUAACCCAGAAGGUUUAAACGUGUUUUCCAAGUCCAACCAGGAUUUCAGCCAGGAGUCUUACCCGCUACCCCCACCACAGGCAGGGACUCCAACACAGGCUGAGGGGGCUGGCACAUUUAGUUUGUUCAGCAGCCAAGCUGACGAUCAAGUCCCCAGCCCUCUCACAGGACAGCAGCACUUACAGUUUGGAAUGCAGCAGCACGAGUCAGACAUUUCCUGCUCAGCUGAUGGAAGCCCCCAGGGUCCCAGAGUGUCUGCCUUGUCGGCUGUUCCUCCUCCUCCAGCGCAGCAAAGUGUGGAACCUCAGACAGAAGGCAGCAGGCUGGACUCCCAGGCCAGCCCAGCAACUCUACAGAAUCAGUGCAGUGAGCUAGAAAACAAGCUCUCUCUCCCACAUCAGGCUGAGCAAAUGUCAGAGAAAGCAGCUCCAGGCCAAGAGAUGGGUUGGAUUGAUCUGAACUCUGCUCGAGGUCCACAGCGCCCUGCCAGCCAGCCACAGAUGUGGAAGGAUUACCCUCCAGAUGAGAGCAAAGCCCCACAAAAUCAAGGCAGUCUGCUAGACCAUGGCUCCUCUCACAACUUUCAGACGCAGGGUUUUAGUCAGCCCACCUUCCCUCCACAUCAAGACUGUCAGAUGCAAAAUGGCUACAAACAUGCUACACCUCCUACACAGCCUCAGCACAAUGCUGCCCCAGAGUGGCAGCCUGGAAACUCUAAUACUCCUGGUAUGCAAGCCCAGCCUAGCAUGCAUCUCAGCAAAUUUCAGCGCUUGUCCCAACAGUGUAAUGUCGCUCAACAGCAGGUGAAUCAGCAGUUUUGCCCACAAAUUCAAGACCAGUUAUGCAAAAAUGACGAAGACUUGCAGCAGAUACUUUCCCCUGGCUUCCUGCUUCAGCAACAACCACAGACCCACCAGCAGUAUAAAACCCAUCAGCAGCAAGCCAGGAACCUGCACUGUCAGGAGGCACAGGCACAGGAUCUCUCUCAAGGCCAGGUGGAUUCCCAAGUGAAAAACAGGCAGAAACUGGAGUGCUACAUAAACUCAGAGGUGUCAUCUCCAAUACACAGGUCACCUAAGCCACCUGGUCAAGGCAACACAAGGUCCAAUCCAUCCAUGAGAGCUAAUUUCACAUUUUCUCACCCUUCUCAGCCCAAUUUGCAAUCUUUGCCUAAUGACAAGGCAUCCAUGUUUAGCUUCAGUGAUUCAGCAGAGCCACAAAAGCAGCAACAGACGCAGUACACCCCAGGUUCCAGCACGCAAAAGCAAUAUACUCAGCAGCCUCUCAGUCACAGGCUGCCCAGCCAUUUGAAUUUUCAGCAGUUGCCACGUUCACAACCACAACCUCAGAUACCAGAUGGUGCUCAUGGUCCACAUAUGCCAGCCCAGAUGUUUCCUAAAGCUGAAUCACAGGAGUCCUGUGCCCAGUUCCAGGGACAGCCUCUUCAAAGUCCUGGUGCACAAGCAGACUUUCAGAAGCAUGCUACCCUGCAAAUGCAUCCCUUACACAAGCAGGAAGGGCCAAACUGUCCUCAGAGCCCCAACCACAUCAGACCUAACUUCCAGUAUAUUAAACGUGAGAAUGUCCCAUGUUUUGAAGCCCCAGUCCAAAUGCCAGCCCCAUAUAUGCAACAACAGGACAGAAAUCUAGUCGGCACCAUGCUAGGUACAGUAAAGCAGGAGCGGCCAUCCUCCUCCUGCGAGGAGAACCAGCAUAGGAGCAUCUUGGCCACUAUGGAGCAACAGUUACAACAGUAUCAGCUGUCCCCUGUCUUUGAGAAGAAGUCUCUAGUCAUCAAGUCUCCUAGUAAGGUGAAGGUGGAAAUGUCUGGGGGGGUGACUGUGGUUUCUACCAAUCUUGAAGGCAGUGAGGAACCACGUAAACCUCCAGAUUCCACUUCCAAAAAGAUGGAACUAGGGUUACAGAGUUUUCUAGAAUCACCAAUGAAACUACUAGAUACUCCCAUCAAAAAUUUGCUGGACACACCACUGAAGACUCAGUAUGAUAUUGCUCCAUGUCAUUGUGUUGAACAAAUCAGUGAAAAGGAUGAAGGCCCAUAUUACACUCAUCUAGGAGCUGCUCCAAAUAUUCAGGGUAUCCGAGAUAUCAUGGAGAAGAGGACUGGGCUGAGUGGUAGUGCCAUAAGGAUUGAAAAAGUGGUAUAUACAGGCAAGGAAGGCAAAAGCACACAGGGCUGCCCAAUUGCCAAAUGGGUAAUUCGGCGGGCCAGCGUGGAUGAGAAGCUCCUGGUGCUGGUUCGAGAGCGUCCUGAUCACUCUUGUGAGACAUCGUGCAUUGUGGUGGUGAUCCUGAUAUGGGAGGGUAUCCCCACUAGCCUGGCCGACCACCUUUACGUGGAGCUCAGCGAUACUCUGACAAAGCACGGUGCCCUGACCAACCGUAGAUGUGCUCUCAAUGAGGAGAGGACAUGUGCGUGUCAGGGUCUGAACCCAGAGGCCUGUGGGGCUUCCUUCUCCUUUGGAUGCUCCUGGAGUAUGUACUACAAUGGUUGCAAGUUCGCCAGGAGUAAAGUCCCAAGAAAGUUCAAACUGCUUGGUGAUGAUCCCAAAGAGGAGGAGAAACUGGAGAGGAAUCUUCAAGGCCUUGCUACGUUAAUUGCUCCAGCGUAUAAGAAAUUAGCACCUGAUGCUUAUGGCAACCAGGUGGAGCAUGAACACAGAGCCCCAGACUGCCGUCUGGGCCUGAAAGAAGGCCGUCCAUUUUCUGGAGUCACGGCCUGUCUUGACUUCUGUGCCCACGCCCACAGAGAUCUCCAUAACAUGCCAGGAGGCAGUACUGUGGUCUGCACGCUAACACGAGAGGACAAUCGAGAGAUCGGGAAGAUUCCUGAGGAUGAGCAGCUGCAUGUGUUGCCACUGUACAAGGCUUCAUCCACCGAUGAAUUUGGGAGCGCAGAAGCACAGCUGGAAAAGACCAAGACUGGAGCCAUCCAAGUGCUCAGUGUUUUCCGUCGGCAGGUACGCAUGCUCGCAGAGCCAGCCAAGUCCUGCCGCCAGAAGAAACUGGACGCCAAGAAAGCUGCAGCUAACAAGCCCUCUCAAGCCAACAUGCACAACAGCAAGAUGGACAGCACCCAGCAAGUGAAGCAACAAAAGCAAAGCCCAUAUGACAAUAUGGGCCAGACCAUACCUGCAUCAGGUGCAGAUUCAGGUCACAGAGGUGUACCCUUUCAGUCUGGACAGCACCUUCUAGCUGCCCAGAGUCAGCCACAACAGCAGCAGCCACAGCCUCCUCUGCCUUUCUCCAGUUCCCCAUCUCCUGCCAACUACCCCAGAUUCCCCAAUGCUCGAGGAUCUUUUCCUAGCACUUCUAAACCAGCCAACAUUUUCCCUCAGGCACCUGGCUCAGCUAGCCCUUACCACUCCCCUUUAACAGUCCCCAACUCCUACAUGAAUGGGUCAAAUGCACCAAGCACCUACCCUGGGUCUCUGACACCUAAUAACCUGUACCCUGGUUACCAGUGUAAUGGAGGUAUGCCCAUGGACAAUUACCACCCUUAUUACUCCAAUCCAAAGCACCUAGACAUGUACAAACAACAAAGGCCACUUAUGUACCCUGACCAACAGUUUGGGCCCCAUCAACGUUAUGGUGUUGAAUAUCCUCCACGUUAUGGUGAGCCAGGCUUACCUGUCAAUGGUUAUGCCAGCUGCAACAUGAGACCCAGCAUGCAUCACAUGGGGCACUAUCCUGGCUACAGUCCUAAUAGGGGCUCUGAUCCACAGUUUUUAGAUGCUAUCUCCAGACCUUCCUCAGCCCACUCAAGCCUGGACUAUGCAGCUGCAAAUAAAUGCAGCCAGUUUGGAAGAUACCCCAAUCCCUACUUGGCCCAAAACCCUCAGAUGUUCCCCCCAAAUCUGGAUCCCUUAAGUAUGCAAAACAAGCCAGAUAUGAGCUUGCACAGAGCAAAUGGGAUCCCUCAGGUGCUUCCCCCUUUGAGCAGUGAUUGCCUAAACCCCAGCCAACCUGGAGGCAUGGGUCUGCCUAAUGGAAAUCUCCCACCCGUUAUGGUGAAACAGGAGCCAGGCAUUCUGACGCCUGCCCCUAAGGAGGAGGAGGAUGUUUGGUCAGACAAUGAACACAAUUUCCUUGAUCCAGAGAUUGGUGGGGUAGCAGUGGCACCAAGCCAUGGCUCAAUCCUCAUAGAGUGCGCCAAACGUGAGCUGCAUGCAACCACACCACUCAAGAAACCUGAUCGUAACCACCCAACCCGCAUCUCAUUGGUCUUCUACCAGCAUAAGAACAUGAACGAAGCAAAACAUGGGCUGGCAUUAUGGGAGGCCAAGAUGGCAGAGAAGGCGCGAGAAAAGGAGGAGGACGCUGAGAAGCAUGGUGCUGACAGCAUACCCAGCAAGAGUGGUGGCAAGAAGGUGAAGAGAGAACAUCCAGAACCUUCAGAAACCUCUGAGCCACCAUACAAGCGUUUCAUCCAGAUGCUCACUGAAAAAUCGAUGUCCCACACCACCAACACUUACGUCAGCUCAGCUCCCUAUGCCUUCACCAAGGUCACUGGGCCUUACAACUGCUUCCUGUAGGGACCUACUUUUGGUUUACAUCAUCCCCACUUGGAAGGACAAAAAGUUGUGUCAGCCAAGUGAAAUGGUGCUACAGUAUUGUGUUGCUGACCUCAGUGCCACUGGCUGUAUUUGAUCCAGAAAUGGUUCAGCUUCAGUUUCUGUGAUGUAAGUGAUGACAGAUCCACACUAUGAGAAACAGCAGAAUGAACGAUCAGCGAGGUUACACAUCAGGUCUGUCAGCUCGUGAAAGAUCAAGCUUUACUGGUUGACCUUUAAAAGUAUUUAUUUAUUGUAUGGUUAUUCUUUCAAGAUAACACACUGUACUUCUCUGGUGCUUCAAAUCUUUUGGACAUAUAUUACUGGAAACAGAGUUUCAUCUUUGGUGGCUUUAAUUUUACAGUAAAACAUCAAUUAUCAUGACCUAAAGGUAAAAUCUUGGCAUAAGAACACUUUGUGGCUGAUCUCUUUCAAGGUGCUAAGUGAAGAGUGUCUUGAAUAUACACUUCUUGUUUCAAUGCCUUUAUAAAAACAGUUUAUUAGUGUGUUACCUCAAAUAGUAAGCAAUUAUUUUCAUGAUUUAUUUAAUUCAUAGCAAUUAAGAAAAUAUCUUAAAGGAACAGAUUUGUAGUGUUUUUAAAAGCACUUUUGAAGAUGAGGGUUUUGUUCCUCACCCUCUGUUCAGAAAGCUGAUCUAAGUAAUUGUUUAGGAUGCCACUCAAUCAGUGAAAGACUACAUUCAUUUUUUAAUAAUGACGGUUGUAAAAGUUUGCAAAAGAAAUGUGAACAUCAUGCAAAUUUUGUUUUUAUUUUUAACAAAAGCAUAUUUCCCUGGUGCUUUCGAUUUUACAGUCCUUUAUAUGUGCUUUAUAUUUACUGUAUAUUGAGCCAUUCUCAAGGUGCAUUUUCAAAACAGUAAUAUUUUAGAGACAAAGCACAGUAAUGGAGAGCCUCGCCCAUUAGUGCUAUUUCACUGUCCACUAUGGUUUCAGAGUGAUGGACCCCAGGGUCCAUAACAUAUGCGUGGAGUCUGGGAAUUACAGUUGUCACAGUGGAAAUCAUGUCCUCAUUGCAUUUGUUAAGAAACAUAUAACAGGGUUAGUUGUUUGUCAGUUACAAAGUUUCUAAGGCAGCUGGCUUGCUGUGGGGGUCCUUUAAUAAUUGUAAUCUAGAUGUAUGAUAAAAAGGUGAGAUUUGUACAGUAAAUUAAUUCCUCUCUUUUCUGAAACUGCUUUAGAUUUUAGUACUGUAAAGGAGAGUAGUAUUUCUUUGGGGUUGAACUGAUUUUAUUUCAGAAUGGUGCUAUAUCGACCUGCUAUAAACAUAUAAUGUGAGAAUCUCUAUGGGUGGUGAGAAGGCUUAUGAAUGAUUUACAGAACCUAUUUGUCAUAUACCUCAGAACAUUUUUGGCAAUAGGAUUAUACCAAGGUGUCUCUUUCUUCUUUUGUUCUUCUGCAUUCAGAACUCUUUUCAAACACUUUCAGCAAAGGUAACACACACCUUUAGGUCAUCGCAGUGCUUAGUUCAUCACUUACUUUCUUCACGCUUGAUCUAUUAGAAAGUACUACUUGAACUUCAAGCUUCGAUGUUAUAGCAGAAUCAGGGAUAUUUCAGCUCAUUUCUGUGCUUACACCCAUCGCUUGUGUCGUCUUCUCUCGUUCAGGGAUCAAUUUUUGCAUCUUGAAUCCCUAUGAUUUACUUGUACAUACUAAAAACACAGAAACUAACUUUGUAAAAACAUUGAAAUGACCUGCAUUUUUGUACUUACGUUUUAAGUGGAUAGUUGGUGAACCUUUUUAGAAGUAAUUUGACAUACAUUAAUAUGCACUGAGUUGACUAAAGGGAAGGUAUGGCAUUGACAAAUACACAGAAAGGCAUUUGCUUUUUGAUAAAAAUUCAAACCAGGGCAGUUAAAAGGUUGGAUGCACAUCUGGGUGCAUGUGUAUAGUUUAAAGCAUAAUAAAUUUAUAACCACUAAGCAUUUGAAUGAAUUCUCAUGAUUUUCUUCCCUCCCUCUCAUUCAAUUAAAUGUGACAUCUGCUGGGUCAUUGGUAAUAAAUCAGACAACCUGCCCUGCUAGCAUUUGUAGAAUCAUUUUCUGAAAGCACUUCUUUUCUUUUUCAUAAAAAAAGCAAUGAAUUAGGAAUGCAAAAUACAUUUAUUUAAAGAGAAAAAAAAAAAAGAUUACUGUAAAUGUGUUCAGAAAUAAAUUAUGCCAUGUUGUAUAUACCAUGUGUUUGUAUUGCAAAAAGUACAAAUCCAUUAUUGUUCGUUUUAAGUUCCGAUAUUGUAACGUCAAGCCGUUUAGGUGUGUAGUUUGUUAAAUGUAUCCAUGAGCUUCUCUUCAUUUAGCCAUCAAAGGUUUUCCCCUUCAGAUUUUACCUUCUGUGGUGUAAUCAGGUUUAACUGAAAGCAUUUCCCUCUCCCCUAAAAGACUGGCUGCGUAGCUACCACGCUUUCAGAAACCUUUUCAGUACCAGAUUCCUUAUUAGCUGAAUUAUUUAGACAAUUUGAGUAGUUUGGAUAAAGAUUCCAAUUUUGUAAAUGAAAUUAGUAUGUUGAAUUUUGGUGUACAGGACCCAGCUUGAGUAGCAGGUUGCAGAAAAGAGAAGCGAAAGAGGGUCGUUAGGACAUAGCAGGUGAAAAGCAUAGCCAUACUUGAAGAUGCUUCAGAGUGUUUGAGUGGAGUCAACUUUACUUGAAUGACUUUCUGACUUUGACUAACACACACGGGGUGCACGGCUCUUACGUUAAGCUAGCGGUUUAUGUACACGUGUUUUGCAGUUAGACACUAAAGUUUUCAAUUGUGUUUUUUUUUCGGCCUCUGUCCUGUUUUUUUACUGCUUCCCCUGUUCCUUCCACGUUUGGUAUGCUUAAAACGGACUUAAGGAUGGAUAUAAAUACUGUAAGUAUUGUAAUGUACUGAAGUACUGAAUGCAGUUUAUUUGAAAGCUGUUUAUUAUAUCAUUCCUGAUAUUGCUGAGAUGUGGGUGUUUUUAUUAAAAUUUAUAUUUAUUUCAAGCA